AUGCCGCCAGUGACGACUACCGACACCCAAGAGCAGCAGAGUUCGACCUCGGCCUCAACGUCGAUUCUGAAAGAGCGGCGGUUCAAGCUGAGCAGAGCGUGUGAUCGAUGUCGGAGGAGGAGGAUCAAGUGUGAUGAGGGGCAUCCGUGCCAGGCAUGCCUGACGGCCAACUCCUCAUGCACAUUUGAGGAGCCGGGCAAGAGGACCCACCCUCACAAGUCAAAACGAACAGCGACCCUGGAGGAUCGCAUGCACCACCUCGAGACACUCAUUCAGGCCAUUCCACCCGCCGUCUUCGCAGCUGGAGGCAUUGUUCCAACCGUUACCCCCGGCCAUCCAGCCUCCGACGUCGCACCCAGCCCCGUCGUUCCUUUCAUGUACCCAGACGGCAUACCUUCAGGCGUACCACCGCCCUCGUUGCAUGUCUUCCCUCUCACGAACCCAUCCACUCAUUUCACCAAGACCGAUGAGCGACGGACAAGCCCGCAGCGGUCUUUCGGCUCGCUAUUCCAUGCGCAACCCACGAGCACCGACCAGCUCCUAGCUGAGGAGACAUCCAGGAUGUCAUUGACAGCCUCGUACCUCUACUUUGAUGACGAAGGCUAUACGCGAUGGCAAGGCGAAACCUCUGGACUCCCGGUGCUUGAUCUGCUCGUUGAACGACAUACCCCCACGGCGAACAGGGAAGCGAAUUCAGAAGCGAAUGCGGCCAAAAUGGCUAGCGCAGCUAAUGCGGAAUGGUUCCCUAACCGCCAGCCCCAUCGCACGGAUGUGAACCCCCAAGCCUUAUGGGGUCUUAUCACCUCCUACAUCGUUCCGGAACUCAUGGACGGUCUCGUCCAGUGUUAUCUAUCGACUUCCUAUUACAUCCUCCCUUUCCUCCAUGUACCCACCUUCUUAGCAGACUAUGGCAAUCCCCAAAAAUGGGCAGAACCUGGCUUUGCUGCAUUCAUUGUCGCUAUCUGUUGUCUCGCUUCACGUCAUAUGGACGACCUUCGCGUACGAGCCGACCCCAAUGACGGCAUUUCUGCAGGCACUCAGUGGUUUGAACUCUUCGGCCGUCUGCGUACGCUGCCCAUUGCGGACCGACCAACGCUUUACAACAUUCAGGCAAAUCUUAUCGCCGCCGUCUACGCUGUCGGACUCGGCAAACUCUCAAAAGCCGCUGCAUUGCUCGCCGAAUCUGCUACAAUGUCCAUCGACGCUGGGCUCCAUCGUUCUGCGGACAACUACGACCUCUUUGACCCUAUCGAAGACGAAGUGCGGAAGCGAACGUUCUGGUGUGUGUACAUCUGGGACAAGCAGCUUGGGGCGCACUUUGGACGGCCGUCGAUGUUGAGGUUGAGGGAUUGCGAUGUCCCGGAACCUGCUCCUGUGGACGACGAGUACAUCACUCGGGAAGCCAUUGGCGUGCCUCCUCCAGGCACCUCAUGCCGUCUGAGUGCUUUUAUCGUGUCCCUCCGGAUCAUGGUCGUGCUCGAAUCCGUCCUCGACGUCCCGCCUGCGCGCCAAUCAGACGAUUCCAACUCUUUCCUGCUCCGUGCGACAAAUGUGCUUUCUGGCGUGAAGCGGUUCAACGAGAUGCGUGAGGAGGAGGCACUGCUGGAUGACAUCCAUCGAAACAUCCCUGCGUUCUGGGCGCAUACACCCGAGACGAUCAACAGCGACGAUACGAUCCGCCUGACGCAAGCUGAAAGAUUGCACUGCGCCGAGCAGUAUGUCCGUCUGCUAAUCUAUCGGCACCGAUUCUCGGAGCACGUUGCGGAAAGGACCAGCGGUCCGAACCCAGAGGAGCAGAGCGAGGCCGAGAAGGAAGCGUUAAUUGCAGCUCACAACUCGGCACUCCAGGUCGUCUCUGCCCACGUUCACAUUGCGAAGAAGGGUCUGAUGACAUAUUAUGGUGUACACGUUAUUCACCAGCUGACGCAGGCAGGGAGAACGCUCGUCGCGGUCCUUUUGUGUUGCAAGACAGAAGCAUUACAGCAUUUGAUUCCGGCGGGGUUAGACGCCUUACGAUCGUGCAUCGGUCUUCUCCGAAGGUUCAGCGGUCGUUAUGUCUGCGGCCUGCGUUCAGGCGAUCUCAUGGAAGAGUUCUGUCGGCUUACAAAUAUCCCUCUGGAAACUACUCCUCGCCAGGAGGGACCCCCAAGUACCACACGCCCGCCAUGGAUACGCCCCGUCCGGAAGAAGGCGCCCUCGAUCGCCCGCAGCAACCAGAGCGGGGAUUCCCCCUCCCAACACAGCAGCCCCGAAGCCUUCUCCCCAUCGGACUUUUUCGCGGAGCCUGUGAAGUCAAAUCACCUACCCUCGCCAGCGCACUUCAGCGCUACUGCUGCAGGUAGUACGAGCGGCGCCAGCCCUGCGUUCAUGGACACAGGCAUGGACAUGCACGACCCGGCACACAUGUACCUGUCGCCGGAGAUGAUGGCGCUGUUCAACGUCGGCAAUGAUAGUGCGAUGGACGUCCACAACUUGUUCUCGAGUGAGUUCAUGCAGACGCCGACGGGACCGCAGCCGCCACAAACGCCGCACCAGCGGCACGCGAGCGAGGGUGCUGGAAAUGCGGGGUCAGGGGGUGGGUCGUCGAAUGCAGGGUUCACAAGCCCAUCGUUUCUCAAGAUGAAUGGGCUAGUGACCUCGCCAUAG